AGUCUUCUUACAACAGAGCUCUGACAGUUACACUGUCGUCACAUUGCGAAAGGAGAGAAUAAAGUAAAAGCAGGAAGCAUGAACAACAACAGUGGAGUGUAUGGCACUGUAGAGGACUUUAUGAAGAUUUCAAAACGGCUGUCGUACACCUGAGCGUCAUGCAGGACCAAAGGAAAGGAGAUAGAGAAACAGGGUUGGCCAUCGUGGACUCUACUGAAGCCUCUCACCUGUACACAUCAGACGCGUGCUUCACUCACCUCAGGGAGGAACAAAAUUUCUCCAUGUUGCAAAAAGUAACCAGAGAUUCAGUGAGGCAAUACCUUCAAUUCAGACCUGACCAAUCAGUGAUCAUCUUGCAUGCCAAAGUUGCUCAGAAGUCUUAUGGGAAUGAGAAAAGGUUUUUCUGCCCCCCUCCUUGUGUGUACCUCACUGGACACGGAUGGAAACUCAGACAGGAGCAGCUGAAAGGUCAGUGGCUUGUGAGAGCAUCUUCAUUCUUACCAUUGUUAAUUCACUCAAAUUUUCCCAUUUAUAUUCACUCAGCAUCAGGUCUAGGUGAGUCCAGUUGUCAACUUUUCGGGUACAUGGGUCUGGACAGCUCCACUGAUCCACGGACAGACAGUUUCAAGCUGAGCUUUGAAGAGCAGACAGACAAGAGGAUGUUUGCCUGCACUAAAACCUUGUAUAUCUCAGAUACUGACAAACGAAAGCACUUCCGCCUGCUUCUACACCUGUUUCACAGCGGAGGGCAAGAAAUCGGCAUGUUUAACAGCAGACUCAUUAAAGUCAUCUCCAAACCAUCACAGAAGAGACAGUCCAUGAAGAAUGCUGACCUGUGUAUAUCCUCAGGCUCAAAAGUGUCGUUGUUUAACCGCUUGCGGUCACAGACGGUCAGUACACGUUACCUGGCGGUGGAAGACGGGGCUUUUGUCGCCAGCGCGAGACAAUGGACGGCAUUCACUGUCACUUUAGUGGAGGAGAUGCAAGCGAUUCACAGCGACUACAGCAUGUGUGACAGCUACAUCUGUUAUGGCUGUGUGGUUCGGCUGGUAUGCACUGACUCAGGAGUGGCGCUGCCACCAAUGGUAAUACGAAAGGUGAACAAGCAGCAUGCAUGUCUAGACGUGGAUGAGCCCGUGUCUCAGCUUCAUAAAUGUGCUUUCCAGUUCAGAGACAGCAACCACAUGUACCUCUGCCUGUCCAAUGAGAAAAUCAUACAGUUCGAGGCCUCUCCGUGCCCUAAGGAAAGUAAUAAGGUGUUGUUGAAUGACGGAUCCUGUUGGACCAUCAUCGGAACAGAGGUGGUUGAAUACACCUUCAGUGAGAGUCUAGCCGGGCACCCGACCACCAUCAGCCCUGUGCCUGUGAUCAAUGGACUCGAGCUAAAUGGAGGGGGGCAUGUGGCCAUGUUGGAGCUUCACGGAGAAAACUUCAGUCCACACUUAAAGGUCUGGUUCGGUGACAUGGAGGCAGAGACCAUGUUCAGGUCCUCUAGGUCUUUGCUGAGUGUCGUUCCUGAUGUGUCUAUAUUGAGUGGCGAGUGGAGAUGGAUGAGACAACCAAUCACAGUGCCCUUAUCUCUGAUCCGAUUUGACGGGCUGAUCUACAGGAGUUCAUACUCAUUUACUUACACGCCAGAACACAGCGCCCCCUCUCAAGCAAUCGUUACAGCGGAGAGAUCUGCAGACUCAGACUCGCUCAUUGACACCAUACACCAGGAGUUCACUCGGAUGAACUUUCACCUAUUUAUGCAGAGCUGACAACACACACACACACACCGUGAACCAAGGAUUAGUCCAGGCGAAUAUUUAUGUCAGAUUACUCAGUUGUUAACACUAA